CAGGAAAGAAGCGGGCGCUCCCCAGGAGGAGACGCGGGUCGGGUGUGGCCGCCACGCAAGGCCGUUACCUGACGAGGGACAUCCUGCAACUGGCCGUGAGGAGACCUGUCCGCUGGGGCUUCUCGGACCCAAUUAAAUGUUGUACCCAGUCUGGUUGCCCGGGUAACAGACGUCGCGGUCAGUCUGGGAACCGAAAGAGAGACCUGUUUCAUCAUCAGUCAUGGAGACAUCCUCAAAGGGUCUGCUCACUCAGAUUACUCAGUUCUGGAAUCUCCUAGAUGAUCUGGCUGAAAGUGACCCAGAAUGUUAUAAAAACUUCAUUCAACAGGAGCUGAAAGAGGGGAAACAGCUCUGUGCUGGCCCAGAGCCACAGCUCUGUCUACAGACCAGGAUUGUGAAGCCAAAAGAAAAAAUACUUUUUAUCAACCUGUGUCAGUGGAAAAGGAUUCCCAUUCCCCAGUCAGCCAUGCAUCCAGUGCCUCUAAGUGUUGGCAGGCCAGAAGACAUCUCUGAAACAUCAGAUGUGUACACAGUAAUUGAUGUUGCCUACAAUCCUGAGGUCCUUCAGGCAACAGAAAAGGACCAAGUGAAUAAAGAUCAGUUAAUAAAGAUGACUAUGAAAUGCAUUGAGAAGCAAUUCCAACUGACGCUCUCACACUCUUACCAUAUUACUGAAUUUAAAAUAAAAGGAAGCAUUCAAAGAAUGAAACAAAAUCUAAUGGGAGUCCAAGCUGAUGUCACAGAUUUAAGGCAGAAAAUAAAGGAGCACACUCUUGAACAGCUAAGAAGUAGUACUGUGAACAAUUCAGAUCACUUUCCUCAACUGUUACUACCAAAAGACCAAGCUUCAAGCAAAGCAAGAUGUCUGAUAGAAGAGAUUUCUAGUACUGAAAUCCAAAGGGAAACGAAGAUACCAGUCUAUGACUUAAAAUUUCUGAAGGAUCAGAAUGAAAAACCUGUGAAAAUUGAAUUGAAAGUUGACCUACCUGGUAUCACUGAAGUCUCUCUCUGUGAACUGAGUGUUUCUGAGGAUGACUUACUGAUCGAGGUCUCUGAGAGGUACAGACUACAUUUGAAUCUUCCAGAACCUGUUCAUACUGAAAUGACUACAGCAAAAUUUAUCAAGAAUAAAUCUACAUUAAUCAUCACAAUGCCACUGAUAUAAAACAACAGCAUCGUAUUUUGAGUUUUCAGUGCUUCGUGUGAACUAUAGGACUUGUGUGGGUAAAGAGGCUAUACUUUACCUUAAACAUUAAUUCUUUAUUUUGUUUUUGUUUUUUUUUUAAAAUCGGUACCAGGGAUUGAACUCACGACCGUGCGCUUCCAAGGCAGGCGCUUAUGCCGCUGAGCUAAAUCCCCAGACCCUAAUUAUGUAUUUUCUAAGAGUUCUUUUUAAUGGAGGGACAUUUUCCCUUCACCUAUUAUUUUUAAGUGACUUUCCUUUCUCAAAUAAACUUGGUAUCAAUCAGAAACUA